AUGGACAUUCUGGAGGAAUGCGGACCCGAAACAUUGGACGAGCUGAUCAAUAACAUCCAGGAAUUGGAACUUGAGGUUGAGGGGUUGCGAAAGGAGCAAGGGCAAAACAUCGUCAUCGGUUCCUGUUGUUUUGGGCGCGAAGGCAGCUAUAAAGAGCCAGCCAACGAGGACCGGGACCUCUUGCUCUUCCUUCCGGGUGUUGACGGUCUCAACAUCGAGGCUGUGGACCAGUUUGACUAUUUAUCGGGCAUAUUCGAUAUAUGGAGCCUGAAAGUGGACGGAAACGACCAAUCAACCUUCGUUGAGCUUACCGAACGGGUGAUGGAUUUUCUUUGCGUUGUUGGCGUGAAUGAGCAGAGGCAAGCGGUCAUCGUUGGAUCGUCGUUCGGAGGCUUGCUCGCGGUGAACGUGGCUUUACAGGGCGCCCACCCAACGUGGGAAGUGGAGCGCUCACACUAUCUAUUCGUCCCCGUUUUUUCAACAUGUUUCUUCUGUGCAUCUAUCCCGAAGGAUCCUCAAUACGUGAAAGGGCUGGUAUUGGUCAAUCCCGCCACGUCUUAUGAACGAUCACACUGGCGGAUUGUUGGCUCUUUGGUCGCAAACGCACCGGGACCGGAGGCAUUCGGAAUGGCGGCCGUGCUUGCGCUGGCGACCACCAUACCUGAUACAGCUAUGGUGGGUGCUUCAUACAACGGGAACGAGAACACAAGGCUUAGCUUUUCAAAACACUUGAGCGAGCUCGAGGCGCUGCCACCCCAAGAACUCGUAGCAUGGUUCAAGUCGUCAACUGGAGAGUGGUUGGGCCGCAUGUUGGCCCUUUUCGACAAAACGCCACAGCAUCAACUUAAAUGGCGAUUGACGCACUGGCUGGACGAAGGGAGUAAGGUGGUGGAAGAAAGACUCCAAGAGCUUACCUUGCCUGUGCUCGUCUUGGCCGGCUCCGAGGACCACAUGCUUCCGUCGGCUGAAGAAGCCGCGAGACUCUACGAUCUCAUUCCGACUUGCCAGCAGGUAGUCUUACGGGGUGUGGGGCACGCCGCUCUCCACAACCCCAGCGAGGUGAACCUAUGCGCCCUGCUUAGGGAUUCCGUGAUUUACGACGACCACUUCCGGGACCGGAUAGUCAGCAGCAAGGAGGCCAAGAAAGCUUCCAAACGGUGGCACAAGGACAAGAGUGGGGGUGACGAUCUUCGCCGGGGCGAAGGCGUUGGUGAUCCUGUGCUAGACUUCAAGCUAGAUCUCGAUGAUAGGGGAGUCAAAAUGGCCUGGGAAAGCACUGAGGCUUUUCCCAUGCGGUGCACUGUUGUUCAGAUGAUGGACCGUUUCACAAGCCCGGUGUUCUUCUCUGUAAACGAACGCGGGGAGCUCAACCACGGUCUUGGGAGUGUUCCGGACUACGAGGAAGGUCGCUCUAUCUUGUUCGUGGGGAAUCAUCAACUGCUGGGCAUCGAUAUGCCUAUUCUGGUGCGGAAAAUACUCGCUGAGAAGAACAUCUUGGUACGCGGGCUGGCGCACCCUGUGGUCACAGGUUGUGGCACCGGUGAUUUGUUUGAAACAAUCAAACGGCAACAGGAAUCGGACGAAACACAGGUGCGGCGCGGAAACAACGUCGUUCUGGUCACGCAUUCACUCGGUGCUAGUGGUAUCACGAGACCGUUAGCGUCGGCGGUGUUACAAACAGUCAGGGCAGCAUCGAGACGCAUCGGAAGCGUCGUGACAGCGUGUGCAAAGACUGUGGCGAACGGUGCGUCCGUUGCGCACCGGGUCAUCAAAAGGGACCAAAAAGGAUUUGAUCGGUUCGAAGGCUCCGCAUCAUCGCCAUCAAUAAGCGAACGAGUGGGUGAUUUUAUGGUCAAGCUUGGGGCCGUAUCUGUCACGCCAAGAAACAUGUUGAGGCUAUUCAAAGCUGGCGAAUCGAUGCUGUUGUAUCCCGGAGGGGUGAAGGAGGCGCUCCAUCAAAAGGGUCAAGAAUAUCAAAUAUUCUGGCCAGAAAAGGGCGAGUUUGUUCGUAUGGCGGCAUCUUUCAACGCGACGAUUGUUCCAUUUGCUGCCGUUGGCUCGGCCGACAGGUGA